ACGGUUUCCUGAGCAUUGCAGCUCGUCCGAAACGGAGGCUGUUCAGCGGAGCACCGAGUUCCAUCCAUGACUGGAAGAAUCGGUUCUUCUUCGUGCGGUACGCGGAUGCUCGUCUGCCAUUGCGUUGGAAUGGCUAUCCGCCCAAGAUAGGAUCUCCGGAGCUGACCAACGACCUGGAGGAGGACAUUAGAAAGAUCUCGACGGGCGGCAUCCGGCCCUUAGAUGAUUUCUUAGCCUUCGAGGCGCUCGCCGCGGCAGGAAUAGGUACCCGCCCAUGCUCUUGGACAUCUCCCCUUCUACGCUCGUCUCGGGGUAUUGGGCGGUCCUCUCCUCCGAGGUGAGUUCUUCCUGACGCUCGUCCAUCUAACCCAUUUCCCUUGUUUCUUUCAGGUCUUCCCCCAACCCAGGAGCAGAUGAAUCACGAGAAGCUCCUCAAGAAUCGGAAGGGGAAGGGUGCCGCGGCCGAUGAUGCCCUUGCCAAGGCCAAAGCCGCCCAAGCAGCAGACUCUAAUUCUUCCGCCUCCCAGGCCGAUCGUCGCACGGUGGAGGCGGAACAGCAUCUCAUUGCCACGGUGAUGGCACAGGGGUCCCAGGCCCCCGUCCUCAAUCCUGUCGUUCCCGAGGUCGUGGCGCCCCUGCAGGCCGUUCAUCCGCAAGACGGGGAGAAGGCGCAGGACAAGAAGUCCAAGAGGCCUCGGGGGGCUUCCUCUUCGGCCCCCGAAGAGCAAGGGCUGAUCCUCCCUUCCCUUGGGCGUCCGGCCCAUGACGUCUGGCAGGAAAUUGCUUCUCUGGUCGGCGUGGAAAUGCCUCCCCGGACGUCUUCGGAGGCCUCCAACGCGGUUUUGGCCGCCGCUCUUCAGGUUGGGCUCUCUACCCUGCAGGCUGAGGCUGCCCGGGAUGCCGAUGCCCUCCGGGCCAAAAAUAAGGCAGAUGCGGCCUUGAAGAAGGCGAGAGAGGCCGCUCGUCUCCAGGAGAAAGAGCUGGCGGCCAAGGACAAAGAACUGCAGGCCGCCCUGAGGGUAGCCCGCGAGUCCACCGCGAAGCUCGCGGUUCUGGAGAAGGCCGGGUUCAAGCUCGUCCCAGCUCUCCCUGCCCCCAAAGACGAGGCCCCUGAAUGGCUCGUCGACGAUUCUGGGUACCACAACUCCGGGGCCUUCAUGGUUGCCGCCCAGAAGUACCUUGGGGGCGCCUUUGGUGAUGUAUUCGCCGCCGAGCUGCAGAAGCAGGCGCCAAAGGACCGCCUCAAAUUCGGGGUCCGAAUCCUGGAGAGUGCGCCCCUGGCCGAGAAGUUUUUAUAUGAUGUCGGGGAUAGCUCCUUCGUCAUCGGCUACAACGAGGGGGUAAAGGCCACGUUGCCGGUCUUCGCCGCUCUUCAGGGGCCCAAUUUUGAUCUGGCCGAGCAUGCCUCAGAUCCGGAGCUGAUCCGAGUGGUGGGCAAGUUGAAAAGGGACGCCCGGCGGGAGGAGGCCAGAGCCAGAGGGGAGGUCCCGGAGCCCCCGUCCCCCGAGCCCGAGCCCGAGGAGGAAGAAGAGACCAUCCCUGGGGGGUCCCGGCCUGUUUCUCCAAAUUUUGUGUAAUGUAGCUCGUAGUUUCCUUGUUUUGAUCCUGUACUUAUCCGGCCAGUAGAGCCGAAGAAUAUACAACUCUUUUUGCCCCAUCAUUAUCUCUACGUUCAUGAACUCUUUAUUUCCUUCCUUCGUUGGUUGUUUUUUGUUUUUCUUGGGGACGUUCAUGUCCACAACUCGCCAAUGCAUCCUGAUCUUUCGAGAUACGAACGUGUGCCUGAGAGUACCACACAUGUGUACCAUCCCCAAUGCCGUUCGUCGGAAGGAAGAUGUGCGGGGAUGCGACCGUAUUCCUUCGAACCAGUUAGUGAAGACGCCCGUCCCUUGGCUACUGGCAUAACCAUCCGUGGGGUCGUUCACGUCCACACUUCGUUCCUGUUUCUCGAUCUAUCGGGAUAUGAACGUAUGCUCGGGAGCACCCAUCUGUAAACCACUCCCCAAGACGUACGGGUUGCUGCCGUAAUCUCCUGGACCAAAGUUGGCGAAGACGCUCAUCCCGUGGCCGUUCGUCUAUUUGACCAGGCGUGGAGAUACGAAUGCGCUUCUCCGAACCAUGCCUUGAUGGAGGAGUUCGCCGUUUCCGGAAUAGCGUAACCUCUUACGCCUGCGCUUAAGCCAGGUAUCCGUCUCGGAUGUGCGUCUGAUGUGAACAUGGGAUUUACGAGCACGUACGCACGUCUUCCUGUGAAUUUGGCCUGUAGGUACGCUCUCUGUUUGCCCCUUCGGGGGACGUCCGUGGCAUCAAACCAGAUUCCUUCGCAGUGACUGUGAGGUGAUAACAUCGAGGAGCCUUUAAUACCGCGGUAAGUACCGGUAUCCGGAUGCCACGUGCUCCACCGUGAUUGGCGCAACCUCGCGGCGCUGCCUAUAAUUACCCAAGGCCUUGCGAGUUCUCCAUUUGCUUCAUCCCUAGCUCUUGUGCUGCACAAUCACUUCCUCUCUCUAGCUUCCUUUGGUGCCGCUUCCAGCUCCAGCACCCGUAGGUACCGAACGUCGUCAUGUCUUUGUCCAUAUCAGGGUCCCAAACUAUUGAUAGGUUCGGCGAUGGGUGCUCCUCUGGUGAUGAUCUAGAGUUCUAUGAGCGGGGUAUGCCACCAUGGCCCCCCCGUCAUCACCUGAAUUUUUCCGGCGUUCGUCGUCAGCGCCAGCGUCUCCUGAACGCCGACCGUCGGUUGAUAAGCCAAUGGUUUCUUCCCCCAAGGGGUUACGACGAUCGGAUCCUGCGCAACCCAAUGCGCCAUCUGCCCGGCUAUGUAGUGGUCCACUUGGACUCUGUCAUAGCCGGUCUCCUAUUUCCCCUCCAUAUCUUCCACAUAGAGCUUUUCAGGGGCCUCCGGGUGACACCUGCUCAGUUCGUCCCCGCUGCUUAUAGGAUCAUCGCGGGUUUUAUAAUUAGAUGUCACAGCGUUGACGUGACCCCCACCGUGGACCUGCUGCAACACUUCUUCCGGUUAUCUCCCUUCGGACGUACGGGGUAUUUAACCCUGAUCGCGCGUCCGUCCAUGGUCCUGUUUUCGAACAACGCCGGGAAUCCGGACGGCUGGGAGGAGCGGUUCUUCCUUGCCGAAGUGGGCUCCCCGAUGCCAUUCUCCGAUAGGUGGAACGCCUACCCGGUGAAGUCCAUCCCGCCGCCCAUGACGGAUGAGGAGCUUGGCUAUGCCAAGCGCAUAGCUGGUCUUGGCGUUCAGAACCUCCGGUCGCUGGUGGCCGAGCCUUUUAAGGCCCGGGCCGGAUUAGGUGCGUCUAUUUGUACUUGCGUUGUCCUGUCAUCUUCUAGUUGUUAUGGUUCUGAACGUCUUGAUUUUCUUCCUGCAGGAGUUUUCCCAACUAUAUCAUCCAUGGGGCGCACUCAUAUUACUUCGCAUGCCCAUGGCCGCGACAACAGGCAUGAGGAUAAGGGCAGGAAGCCGCUCGUCCCCAAAAUCGAGCCUCGGGCGAGCAGGAGGCGGUCAGACGACGCACCAGAGGCCGGGGCUUCGAAGAGGCUCCGCAUCGACGGUACCGCCUCCAAAGCCAUCAUAGUGGCUGAUGACUCCGACGGUGAGCCGGGAAGUCCCUUGAAGCGGAGGCCCUCCUCCCGGAACAAGCCCCCUGUUUCCCUUCCGGCCAAUUCUGAGGUCCGUCGACUUAGGGAUGAAGAUGUCCAUGCUACCAAGGGCUCUGACGAUGCUCGUCCCCCUUCGCCCCCAGAAACCAACGGGUCCUCCCUUGGCCUUAUCGAAUUCUCGGGGGUUGGCCCUCGUAAGGAGUCGAUGAUGCUCUUUGGCCAGACCGCAUCUUCGAUCUGGUGCGGCCUCAACCUCAAGGUCCCCCAAGAUUUCGCCGCCCAGGAAGCUCCUGAGGAUCUCCUGGAGUGUGGGCAGAGCACCCUUGACAAGGCCGGGUUAUAUUUCCACCGGGCUCGGAUGGCCUUCGAGCAUCAAGGCAAGGAAAUGGCCCGGGUGCGGGCUGAAUGCGACGCCCUUUUGAAGAACGCCAAAGGCAGGGCCGGAACGCUUCAAGAAAAGGCUGACGCCUAUGAUAAGCUCGUCCAGGAGAGCAUUUCCCAAAAAGAACUCCUUCGGAAGCAGGAGGCCGAGCUUGUGGACCUUCGCAGCCGGCUGUGGGCUGUGGAACAGGCUAAGGUGGGGAUCCGCCGUACGGGUGUGGAUAACCACGUCCCCAUCUACGAGGCCGAUGUUUCGAAGAUCAAGGAGUCUGGUUCCAUCGAGUUCCAGAAAUCCAAAGCCUAUACCGGUGCGAUCCAGACCAUGGCCAGGAAGUUCCUUCCGAGGUUCGUCGGCGAGUUCUUGGCCACUUGCCCGGACCCUUACUUAGACGGCAUCAAGUUGCUCCAGGCCACCCCCACUGGGGAGCGCUUCCUCGAUGAUCUUGCCGACGAUACUUAUCUUAAGGGUAUGGUCGGCCUUGUGGCAGAGAAUCUCCCGGCUUUUGAGCGUCACUUUGGAGCCCCCUUUGAUCCUGCGGCCACUGGGUUUGAUUCCUUGAUGGUAGACGCCCAUAGGGGGGCCCUAGAGCUGUUGAGGGAACGUGAGGAGCGUGGAGAGGCUGAGGCCAGAGAAAAAGCCAAGUAGGUCCCCUUUACGGCCCCAACUCCGGAUGCUGACCAAAAUUGAUUCUCCGCUCAUAGUUUUGCACUUGUACUCAUUUUUCCAUUAUAUACAUUGUACCUGUUAUAUUGUACUUUCCGGUCAUCAGUACCGAAGAAUAAAAAUCAUUAUUUGCUCCAUGUCUCUAUCUCUCUCUCUUCUCUUUUUUUUUUUUUUUUUUUUUUUUUGGAGUCUUUUUAUCAGUCUUUGCCUUUCUCUAGCUUCGUGGGUACUUGUCUCCUGGUUUCGUAGGAGACGUUCGCCAUCCCGGCCUUGAGAAAAAACAGGUUUAUCCACGUCGGGAUUCCCUAUCUCCGUUCGUCCCCAGCCGCGAACUACUAGUCUUCUGGCUUCGCAGAAGGCUUUCGUCAUGCGCUCAUCGGGGGGAGGAACUAAGCUUCGUUCGUCCUUGUCGUGGUCCUACUAAUCUUCUUACUUCGAAGAAGACGUUCGGUCAUCCAACGAUCGCAAGGAGGUCACUGGUUUAUCCACGUCGGGAUUCCCUGCUUCGUCGCCCCAUACCCGUGGCCCUACUAACCUUCUGCUUCGGCAGAAGGUGUUCAUCGAAUCCACGGGUCAUGGGAGGAACUGGUUUAUCCUGCCGAGGUUCCCUUUGGUACGUCCAGCCUCCCCCACGUUCCUACUAACCUCCGCGUCGGGAGACGUUCGUCACGCGGUGAAGGAAGAUCAGGCAUACCCCGUCAAGACUCCCUCUCUCCUAGGAGCUUCUCUCUCCCCUUCUCCUCUUUUUUUUUUUUUUUCUUUCUUUUUUUUUUUUUUUUUUUUUGAGGAGGAAAUCGUUUCAACAGCACUUCGGCUUUUAAUCUCUCUGUAGGGAAGUGAAGAACAGAAAUAAUCCCUUUAAUAUAGAGACGACGAUUGGUGGUGUUACAUGGUACUUCGACCAAAAUAUUACAACGAUCUAUCUCUAAUUAUUGGUAGAACUUCUUCAAGUGUUCGACAUUCCACAUCCCAGCGUGGUUCCCCUCUAAUGUGUGGAGAAGGAACGUCCCCUGGUUGUAUCUUCUCAUGACCAUGUAUGGCCCCUCCCAGUUUUUGGCCAUCUUGCCUCCUUCGAGCGGCCUGCUCUUCUCCCUUUUUCUGAGUACGAGGUCCCCCGCUUCAAUUUCGCGGAUCUUCACCGCCUUGUUGAAGUAUCUUUGGGUGGCUCGGUGAUAUUCCUCCAUGCGACGAGCUGCUAGGUCUCUCCGUUCCUCAAUGAAAUGGAGCUCCGCUCGUAGGUUUGCCUCGUUGUCCUCCGGCUGGAAGUGUUUCGUGCGAUGUGUGGGCACUAGCACCUCCGUUGGUACCUUGGCCUGGAAUCCGUAUGCCAACGCAAAAGGUGUCUCGCCGGUUGCCGUCCUUGGGGUUGUUCUGUACGUCCAGAGUACGUAAUUGAGCUGCUCCGGCCAGGUGGACGCGUAAUCUUCCAAUUUCUUUUUAAUCCCAUCCAUGAUGGUCCGGUUCAUGUUCUCCACCUGGCCGUUGGCCUGCGGGUAGGCCACCGAGGCCUUGGAGUGCCUGAUGCCCC